AUGCAGGAUAAAUCUUGCUCAGGUUUCAUAAUCAGAGACAGUGCCGGUUUUAUUCUUGGAUCUGGUUUUAUUCACAAUCACCACAUUGCCUCAGUGUUUAUGGAAGAAGCUUUAACAAUCCUCCAAGUUAUUCAUUUUGCAAAAGACAUUGGCAUCACGAGAUUAACAUUAGAGAGUGAUUCCAAGAAGAUAAUCCAGAAAUUGAUUGAGAACACAGCUGAUCUUUCUGAGGUCGGACCUAUCCUUGGGGAUGUAAAGAAUGCAGUAGGAUCUCUUACCUCGUGCUCGUUCGGCUUCACAGGAAGAAAUGGUAACAGGGAAGCGCAUGCAAUGGCCGUGGAAGGUUCUCGGGUUACCUACGACCAAUUUUGGAUCGAAGAUGCACCGGAGAAAGCCCUUCAAGUAGCAGAUGACGACCGUCGUUUCAUUGACCCAGCGUGA